UCGGCAGCUCCACGCUUGUCUUUGACAGUGAGCUGAACCUUGCUAGCUGUCGCGCGCUGUAAUUCCCCCAGCCAUUCACACUAAGCAGCUAGCCGGGUCGGUGAGCUCAUUUGACACGAGCAGUCAAACCCAGGGACGGUUAGCUUCAGCACGGGGCUCGCUUUGGUGUGUUAGCCGACACAAGGGACGCGACCAAGAUGUCUAAGGACACGGAAGGGAAGAGCGAGAAGAUUAUGGAUAUGGAGAGCAAGGUGUUGUGGUACCCGGACUCCAAGAGGAACACACAGAUGGACAAGUUCAGGAUACAGGUCAACGGGGACUAUGGACUUAAUCUGGUCAACUACAAUGACCUGUACCAGUGGUCGGUGGACAACUACCCAGAUUUCUGGGCAGAGGUGUGGCGCUUCUGUGGAGUCGUCAGCUCCAAAGCAUAUGAAGAGGUGGUGGACGUAACCAAACGGAUCUCGGAUGUUCCAGAGUGGUUUAAAGGAGCUCGGCUCAACUACGCUGAGAACUUGCUCAAACAUGCCGACCAGGACAAAGUAGCUCUCUAUGCUGCGACGGAGGCAAAUGAUGAGAUUGUGAAGGUGACGUUUGGGGAGCUGAGGCGCGAUGUGGCGCUGUUUGCUGCCGCCAUGAGGAAGAUGGGCGUCCAGACUGGAGACAGGGUCGUAGGCUACCUGCCCAAUGGUAUCCAUGCAUUGGAGGCUAUGUUAGCAGCAGCCAGCAUCGGAGCCAUUUGGAGCUCCACGUCGGUCGACUUUGGAGUCAACGGUGUUCUUGACAGGUUUUCUCAAAUCCAGCCCAAGCUGAUCUUCUCUGUUGCUGCUGUGGUUUACAACGGCAAAACACAUGACCACAUGGAAAAGCUGACCAGUGUUGUCAAAGGUCUGCCUGACCUGCAGAAAAUAGUGGUGAUUCCCUACGCUCGCUCCAAACACGAGACCGACCUCUCCAAGAUCCCCAACAGUGUAUUUAUAGAUGAUUUUUUGGCAUCUGGUCGUGGUGAGGGCGACCAGUUUCCUCAGCUGGAGUUUGAGCAGCUUCCAUUCAAUCAUCCUCUGUUCAUCAUGUACUCCUCUGGCACCACAGGAGCUCCUAAAUGUAUGGUCCACUCCGCUGGGGGCACACUCAUCCAACACUUGAAAGAACACAUCCUCCAUGGCAAUAUGACCAGCAGUGAUGUCAUCAUUUACUACACCACGACCGGCUGGAUGAUGUGGAACUGGCUGGUGUCUGCUCUGGCAGUGGGAGCCUCAGUGGUUUUAUAUGACGGUUCACCACUAAUGCCCACACCCAAUGUACUGUGGAACCUGACAGACCAGCUGGGCAUCACCAUCUUUGGUACCGGGGCCAAGUGGCUGUCUGUGCUGCAGGAGAGGAACCUGAAACCCUCGGAAACACACAACCUCCAGUCUCUCCACACCAUCCUGUCCACUGGAUCUCCUCUCAAACCUCAGAGCUACGACUACGUCUACCGCUGCAUCAAGAGCAACGUGCUGCUGGGCUCCAUCUCAGGCGGCACUGACAUAGUGUCAUGUUUCAUGGGUCAGAACCCAACAGUUCCAGUGUAUCGGGGCGAGAUCCAAACAAGAAACCUCGGCAUGGCUGUGGAAGCCUGGAGUCUUGAUGGUAAGCCUGUAUGGGGAGAGAGCGGGGAGCUAGUGUGCUUGAAACCAAUCCCCUGCCAGCCAACACACUUCUGGAAUGACGAGAACGGGGGCAAAUACCACAAAGCAUACUUUUCUACAUAUCCUGGGGUGUGGGCCCACGGAGACUACUGUAAAAUCAACGCAAAGACAGGAGGCAUUGUCAUGCUGGGCAGAAGUGACGGUACACUGAACCCCAACGGAGUCCGAUUUGGCAGCUCGGAGAUCUACAACAUUGUGGAGGCGUUCGAGGAUGUGACAGACAGUCUCUGCGUUCCUCAGUACAAUGCCGAUGGAGAGGAGCGAGUUAUUUUGUUCUUAAAAAUGGCACCCGGUAAGCCCUUCAGUCCGGAGCUGGUGGCAAAGAUUAAAGGAGCCAUUAGAAAAGCCCUGUCUGCCCGACACGUCCCUGCUCUGCUGCUGGAGACCAGAGACAUUCCUUACACCAUCAGCGGGAAGAAGGUGGAGGUGGCUGUGAAGCAGGUGAUUGCCGGCCGGGAGGUGGCGCAAAGAGGAGCUUUCUCCAACCCUGAUUCGCUGGACCUCUACAAGAACAUUCCUGAACUGCAGAACUAUUAGAGAUGAGCUGGAGAGAGGACCACCUCAGAAGAUCUUAGUUUUUAAAUGAACUUUAUUCAAAUUUACAGGAACAGGGAGAUGUGCAAGGUGCAUUACAGGGGUAGUUUACAAAAGCCCCAUUUGCACGGGACUAGUUACACCUGGGGACCUCGAGCAAUUUGUAGUAAUUGCAGAGGUGGUUUGUGAUCUUAAUCCCUUGCAAAUCUGCCAUGUCCGUAGUUUGUCAAGAAAAAAUUUGACUUUACAUUACCGAAUCUCACUAAACACAGAGGUCAUGUAGAAAUAUUAGUCCCGUGUGAAUUGGCAUCGGGUGACUUGGGAUUUAUUUGUCUUUUCUGCCUCUUUCCUGGUUGAGAAUUAUGAAGGCUGUGUUGGCAAUUACAAAUGAAUGUUUGAAAGCAUUUUGGGCGAAGGAGGCUCAUCUUGCUACACAGCAUGGAGACCCAUUGACAGAAAGAGCAAGCUUAAAUCCAUCAGAAGAGAGAAAACUCAAAAGAUGACUCACAUUUUAAAGGAUGAGAAAAAGAGGUUAUCAUGGUGCAUCUCUGCUAGUGGUGCUGUGUAGGUUUUCUGUGUUGCGUAGAGCAGUGGAUCCCAACUGGUCCAGCCAUGGGGUCCAGAUUUCUCCAUAGUCAUCAGUUCAAGGUCCACACAGUUAAAGAUAUUUAGCGUCAUACUUGCGUUUGGCCAUGUCGUCAAGCUAGUUUGCGGUCUCUGUCAAUAGCUAUGAACUCUACAGCGGGAAACAGCACUUUGAAAUAAAAGAUCUGUGCCGGAAAUUCACCAUACUUAAAGAUAAAGUGUGUUUUUUACAACUUUCACGUUAGUGAGUCACUUGCGGCCCGUUCAGAAUGGACCCAUGACCCACUUUUGGACCACAACCCACCAGUUGGGAACCACUGGAGUAGAGUGUAAUCACAAAUGACUGUGUGCAUCAUAUUUGGGGGGAUUAUGUCAGCAAAUGUGAGAGAAAUACAGACUUUGCUUAUCCUGUGUUAAUGUGCGGCAUGAAACACAGACUUUUGGGGAAGGGGUAAUUAUUAAAAUCACAAGGUCCCCUGUUUAUACUAGUCCCAAGCGAAUACGGUUAAAGGCACCUUUGUUCAGAGCAUAUAAAAGGAAAAGACUGUGUACGUCAAAAUAAUACAAAAAUUGUAUAAAUAAUUUGUAAAUAUAAUAAUAAGUGUUUGGUAUGAGGCAGACAAGAGACUUUAAAAAUGUGUUGCUCCAUUGGCUAGCUUUCAGUCACGUGAUCAAGCAGCUGCUCUCAGUGAAUGUUGAACUGGAUUCAGCUUUGGGUAUAAUAUGAUGUGCACAGCGGCGCUUGUGAAUAAGCUCACGCACUGAAGUCACCAAUAAUGGAGAAGUGUAAUUCAGCAUCAAGCGCUUCGCUUUGGCUUCACAGUCUGAUCGCUAUCAGCCAGUGAAGAACCAUAUCUCUCUGUGUCACCUGCUUUAACAUCAGCGUCGCCUCUGAGUGUGUCCCAGAAUUGAAAAUCCGUGGGAGUGUGCAGACAAACGCACAACACAAACACCUGGGAUUAACACCUCAGUUCCGGCUCGUAUCAUUGUUACAAUAUGUGGCGGGUAUUGCUUUAUCAAAUGUGUAUAUAUUUGAAUAUAUAUUUUUUUGGACUGUGAAAUUACGUUAACAUUCUAAUUAUGCAUUUAAAGAUAGUGACCCAGACCUGUUAACCAAAGUCAGUCUCGGAUGAAGAGGGUUGUAGUUUGGAUAAAUGAAGAAGAUAAAACUUAAUGAACUUCUACCAACCUAAAACGUUUUUGAUCUCUUGUGUAUUACAUGCUCAAAUCCUAACAAUCGACUUUGUAACCAUUGACUCUUAUUGCAUUCCACCCAAGAUAUCAAGGCAUGAAUUGAUGAAGCUCUACAAGCUAAAGUUUUUCAUUGGCUGUCAUUUAUCCAGCUAAACGAGUCAGUGAAGGUCAAGUGUGAUCUGAAACUGAGCAAAGGUUCAUUUCACCACAGAAGCCUGUAUUUAUUCGUUCCAUGUCUGUGUUCCAUGUUCAUGUGUCAUGACUCUAAGACAAAUGUGUCUCUUCAAAUAGUUACAGCCUGUUUUUGCGUCGUACAUGGGAGAGCCGAAUUAUUCACAUUUUCCUUGUGCUGUGUGGCAAAGCCUUAAGGCUAAUUAACGCCAUUAAAGAUGAACUGCAGUGGUUUUUGUCACGAGUAGCAAUACUGUGCAACAUGGGUGUAUGAUAGCAAAAAUCACCUGGGUUUCAUUUCCUGUUGGAGAAAAAAAAAAAAAAAACGGACCUGAAAGUGUAACGAUAACAGAUAUAAAUGUCAGAGAUGCAUUUGAUCUUUGGGGCUGCAGAAAGUAUUUUAUACUGAUUUUUGUGGUUGUGGCUUGUUGUGGUUUUAAGGAUUCUUCUUAUCUGGCAUUUGUUUCAGUCUUUGUCACUUGUUUCAGAUUGUUUAAAGGUUUGAAUGUAUGCAAGUCAACUGGAAAAUUCUGAAGUUCAGCUUUAACGUCAUUUUCACUGCUUAGAUUUAAUAUAUUUCUUCUUUAAAGGUACCCUGUGAAAUUUUUGACCACUUCCUUUCCUGCCAAUAGUGUCGCACUAUUCCACUGAUUGACAGGUGGCAGUAAAUUGCCAAGAAAAGUAGCAAUGCACCAGCAAAAUGCAAGGACGUGGAAAAGUGCUAGCUAGCAAAUACAGUUGUAAACAAUGCAGGGUUCAAAUGAAAAUAAAUCAGACUUUCUAAUGCCUCAUGAGGGUUUUUAGGCCAAAAUGCUUUUUGGUGAGAAACACUGAUGUAAACGUAACUUUACUGUUUUUGGAAGAAAACUCCACAGGGUACCUUUUAAAGGGACAGUUCACACCAAAAUCAAAAAAUACGUAGUUGUCUUCUUACCUGUGUUGCUGUGUAUUAAUUUAGAUUGUUCUGGUGUGACAUGCCGAGUGUUGGAGAUGUCUGCCUUCUGUCGCGUAUAAGGAAACUAGCUGGCACCUGCUAAAAAUGCCAAAAAAUACAUUUGAUUGUAUCACCACAGAAGGAAGAGUGCAUCUACUCAUGGACGAGAGGCUUGUGCUCAUGUUAACAUUAAUGGCGUUCUCCUCAGCUGAGCUGUAAUGUUAGCUAGCUUACUUGUGCUACCUGAGCUAGCAGUAGAUGCACUCUUCCUUCUGCACAGUGAUUCGGUUGGUGGGUGUAGUUCAGUAGAAAGAAAACAGUCCACACAUGAAAAUGCUCACAACAAGGUCUGUGGAUUAUGUUGAGUAACCAGGUCAUAAUUUCUGCAAAGAGACAUUGCUGUUAAGUUUUUCAAAUGUAUUUUUUGUCGCUUUGAGCACCACAAGCCGAGUUCCAUCUAGUUCCAUUACAUUUAAGAGAAAACAGACCGAUAUCUCAAACACUUGGCAACUCACACCAAAACAAUCUAGACUGAUAAAUGCCACAACGGGUAAGAAGAUAAAUAUGUAUUUCUAGUUUUGGGGUGAACUGUCCCUUUAAAGUCUCAAAGACGCAUAGCUCUCUGUUAAAGAGACAGGGAUCAUAAUUAGAUAACUGUACACUUUGCACUUUAGUACUGUAUACUGUGUGUGGCAUUGUUCAAAAUGAAACCUAGUGAAACAUCAUUCUGUUGUAUGCAUGCAGGUCAGGCAGUUAUUCUUCUGCACCAAACGUUUCUUAUAAUAGGCCAAGAGUUUGCAAUCAUGAUUCUGGGUGUGUCACAUGUAAACAAUAAGUUGGUUGUUUUUGGUUCUACAAUGUAAUUUUUAUGUAUUUUGGUGUCGCAAGAAAGUUUAUUGAAUCAGA